AUGAAUCCCCUCACGCAGGUGAAGCGGACGCAGGUUAUCAACCAGAAGGAGGCGCUCCUGGGCAUCGGCGAGGACGCGUCGUGGCACGCCAAGUUCAAGGACUCCGCCUACGUCUACGUCGGCGGAGUUCCCUUCGACCUCACCGAGGGCGACCUCCUUGCCAUCUUCGCGCAGUACGGUGAGGUGGUCGACGUGAACCUCGUGCGCGACAAGGGCACCGGAAAAUCCAAGGGGUUCGCGUUCCUUGCGUACGAGGACCAGAGAAGCACGAUUCUCGCUGUUGACAAUUUGAAUGGAGCUAAAGUUCUUGGGAGGAUCAUAAGGGUUGACCAUGUGAGCAAGUACAAGAAGAAGGAGGAGGAAGAUGAGGAGGAGCAGCAGAAGAAGAGGGAGGCCCGGGGAGUCUGCUACGCUUUCCAGAAAGGCGAGUGCAACCGGGGAGCUUCCUGCAGAUAUUCGCAUGAUGAGCAGAGAAAUGCAAACACCGGUUGGGGUUCUAAAGAGGAUAGCGGUGCACGAUGGGAGCAUGACAAACACGGUGAUGUACCAAAGAGCCGAGGCAUGUGCUAUGCUUUCCAGAAAGGCGAGUGUAGUCGUGGUGCAUCCUGCAAAUUUUCGCAUGAUGAGCAGAGAAACAUAAACAGUCGUCAGAGUUCUAGGGAUGGUGAACCAUCGAGAUCAGAGCGGUAUGGAGACCGAGAAUCUAGGAGUAGGCACGAUGAUAGAAGAGCAGAUGACCGGGACAGAUACAGGCGUGACAAGUCACCUGAGAGAUUACGAGGUGAGAGGCAGAGAAACGAUGACAGAUCCGACAGAGGAAGGGAAGAAAAAUCAGAAAGACACAAAUAUGAUGUGGAACAUGAUGAUCGCAAGCGGUCAAGGUACGGCAGAGAGUGA